GCUUUCGUUCCGCGACCGAUUCGCCUUCAGUUCACUUCUUAUACACAAAAUGGCUCGUAAUGAGGAAAAAGCACAGUCCAUGCUCUAUCGCUUUCGCGAGGCGCAAGCCGCAGAGCUUGGCCUCGGUACACGAAGCGAUCGUCGUCCGCGUAUGGCGAGCGCGUGCAAAAGCUUGAGGGAUUGCGAACGGUGGCGUGGAGAGAUUCUGCGCGAGAUCAGUCGGAAAGUGUCGAAGAUCCAGGAUGCUGGUUUGUCGGACUACGAGGUUCGAGAUCUAAACGAUGAUAUCAACAAGUUGAUGCGAGAGAAGAGGCAUUGGGAGAACCAGAUCGUUGCGUUGGGCGGUGCGAAUUAUAGGAGGAAUGUUGCUAUGACGGAUGAUGACGGACGCGAGGUUCCUGGGACGAAGGGUUACAAAUAUUUCGGACGAGCAAAAGAACUUCCUGGUGUCAAGGAACUAUUUCAGUCACGCAAAAAGGAAGAAGACGAAGAGACGGCCACACAGGGCUUUUACAAGCGCUUCACCAAUCAGGGACCGGCUUACUUUGGGGAUCUCGAUGAGGUCGACGGCGAGCUGCUGAAGUACGAGCAAGCGGCAGAAGAGAAUGAGUACGAGGAAGCAUGCGCAAACCUCCGCGAAAUUCUCGGUCUUUCUGCCGACCACCCUCUACCUCCACUUCCUCGCGCCAAUCCAACCCUUCCACCAUCCCACCUACCAACUACUAACGCCCCUCCACAAUCCGACGGCACCAAGCGUAAAGCCCCAGAUCCGUCCGAAGACCAGCAACCAUCCACCGACGACGCAUCAAAGCGUACCAAAGCAAAUCCCUCAGACGCCGCUCCCGCCACAGAUUCUACUGUGGCAUUGUCGAAAGCCACAGAGAACGGUGAUCCAACAAACGAGGAGGUGGUACGCGCCCAUGCGACUGCAGCUGCGGCGUACAUCUCGUUCUUACAGCCCGAGAAUUUGAUGCCCCCGGUCAUGCCGACGAAGGAGCAGAUGGAAGGCGUGUUGUUGGAUCUGAGGAAACGAGCCUUGGUGGAUGAGUAUUUCGGAAACUGAUGACGGCGGAGUUGAUGCUUCUUAGUGCUUGCGGCGCUUGUGUUGAGUUUGCGCUCAGUACGUGUAUCAUUAUUCUGCGAAAUCGAUGACUGUUCGACAUUCCUCUUUGUCGCCUUUUCUUGCUCGCGAUAUGUCUUGCGCAAUCGAACAUAUUUUGG